CCAGACCCAUCUAACAUGGCGGCGGCGGCGGGAGAGCUUGCGGCGCUCGACGUGGAGACUCUGGCGCUGUGGGGGGUAGGAGCUGAGACGGCGCCGGUGGCAGAGUGCGGCGAGUGGGAGACGUUCAAGGAGAACGUGCGGCCGCUGAAGCGAGGGCGCAACGUCGCCCUCCUCAACAGCGCCCUCAAGGCGCACGCCGACCCCGCCCAGCGCGCCGCGCUCCUCGCUGAACGAAGGAGGAGGAUCGAAGCAAUCGAAGAGUACCAAGGCGAAGAUCCCCUCCAGCCGUGGGUAGACUGCAUCAAAUGGGUUCAGGAGUCGUUCCCGGCCGGCGGGGAAUUCUCAGGCCUCGUGGUGAUCUACGAGCAGUGUGUGCGGGCCUUCUGGCACGAUGAGCGGUACAAGGAUGAUCUCCGGUACCUCAAAGUGUGGCUAGAAUAUGCUGGGAAUUGUGCUGAUGCUGAGGUGAUAUUCAGGUUCCUGGAGGCCAACCAGAUUGGUGAGGGCCAUGCUGUUUUCUACAUCCGUUACACGUCGCUGAUGGAGUCAAAGAACAAGCUAAAGAAAGCUGACGAGAUUUUCAACCUUGGAAUGGCUAGAAAAGCAAAGCCUGUGGAGAAGUUGGAAACUACGUACAGGGCAUUUCUUCGGAGAUCGACCAGAAAGAAGGAACACGAGGAUGAUACAGCAAGUGAGGAUCAGCCAGUACGUAGAUUCGGUCGCGACGUGAACCGUGGUGAUACCAGAGGUCAGCCUAUGGAGAAUUCCCAUCUGUUGGCAAAACCUAGGGCGCUGCAAAGGAUCAAUGUCAAUGCGCCUAUUUCGGUUUACAAAGAAAAUCCAUUGCCAAGUCAGGGCCUUGACAGAACUAGGAGCAAAGACAGGGCCUGGAACACCCUUGGAACACAGGCAGAUAGAAACAAAGAAAAUAACAUGAUGCCUGCCAGAUGGACUUCGCACAAGAUUCCACCAAAGGUAGCAGCACGACCAGCGGUUCAGUCAGCUCGUGUCAGCUCCAUUGAGGUCUUUGUAGAUGAAGAAUGUGCCGAGGAACCAGCUCCACCUCAAGUGCCGAAGAGUCCAAAACCAUCUGUUCUGAAGCUUAGGCUAGCAACGAGCAAAAACCUUAAGAAGGAAACUGAAUUGCUUAAGGAGAACCCGCUGCGCAACUUCCCGCUGAGCAGCCUUAGAUAAUUACAGUUAUGUGGUUCAUUCAGGUGCUUCUAUUGUUG